AAUCUCGAAUUAUAUUUAAAAAAUAUAUUUUGAGGACGUAGGUCGAAGGACGUGAUCUUCCUAUAUGUGGCUUUCUUUUUCGUAUAUAUUUAUAUUUGUUAUAGUUGUUUGUGAUUUGGAAGUGGUAAAACUUUAAAAACACGCGGAAUUCGCUGACUGCGCAUCUUUUUUUAUUGUUGCGUGCAGAAACACAUGUGCGAGGUAUAAGAAGAAGAACAAUAACAUCACAUCGGCUGUAAGAAUAUUUUGAGUUUCUUUGUGACGUGUGCCGAGGAAUCCAACAUCCUCAAUUUCGCCACACUAUUUGCACCGUCAUCACUGGAAAUGUCGAGCCUAGACAACAUGUUAAUCCAGGUCCGGGCACGCCUCCAGGCCGAAAAAAUAAGGCUGUGGGAGGAGCCCUACUAUUCGGAAGAUCUUGGCAGUAUCGAGGGCGCUAUUGAGAACCUGGCCAAUGAGUACGCCGGCAUCCUGGGCUUCGAUGAGAAUCGUUGCAAGUUCGUUUUGAUCGAGUUGCAGGAGAAUGCGCUCCGUAAGCUGGCCGCCCGCCGUGAGUAUAGCUCCACGGGAAUGGCCACUUUUAAGGUGCGUCGCAUUGACAAGCACAGCGGCGUCACCAUGAUGGACAUCAAAUGCGACUUAAAUUCCCUGGGUUCAGAUUUGCAGGCUGUCAUAGCCGAGAAAUUCCAGCUAUCGAAAGCUGAGCACGUUAAAUGCAUUGCUGCCGGAAGAAUGGUGGCCUCAAAUGCCACUUUGGCUGCGCAGCUGUUGAGAAACAAUCAGCAACUGAUAGUGAUCGUGGGCGUUGGGGAUAAUAAGGGUGAAGCCCUUUACGAAAAGAUCAACCGUGUCAAGGCCGAUGUGCUGGCGGUGGUCUCAUCGCAGAACCGUCUCAUGGAGAUGGAGGACCAGAAUGGCAGCCCUGUCUUUCUGCCACCGGCCGAGAAUCGAGCACUGCUUAUUGCUCUGGGAUUCUGUGAAAAGGCCCGUGCCGCCAUGGCUCGCGAAGAUUUUGAAGAAUCCCUGCUCCUGCUGUUGGAGGCCGACGAGUCAUUUGCCAACUGCGACUCACAGUUCCUUGAAUCUGUGGACAACUAUGCCUUGCUCAACCUAGACAUAGUGUGGUGCUAUCUAUGCCUAAAGAACGUGACCCAACUGCCGGAUGCUGAGCGUCGUCUGGCCAUUUGUGGCCGCAGUUUCCGUCGCAGCUAUGGCGAGAAUUUUGAGAGGCUUUACUCCAUGAAGGGCAAGUCCUGCCCGGAAAGAGCUUUAAUAAUGCGCCUGCAGUUGCUUCAGGGUGUGGUGAUGUUCCACCAGAAUCUUCGCAAUGAGGCAUACGAGCGUUUUGAAGCAGCUAACAACCUGCUGAGGGAACUCAAGAUCAACGGGGAUCAGCUGGUUCUGCUGGUUGAAAUGGGUUUCGAACCCUCUGAAGCUCGUCUGGCCCUGCGGUCCUGUUCGGGCCAAAGCAACAUUGAGUCCGCUGUGCAGUUCAUCGAGGAGCGUCGUCAGCAGCUCAAAGAUGCCCGCAAGCAGUCUAAGAAGGAACGUGCUCUGCAAGACAGGAUGAGGCGUUCCAAUGCCAAUGAUUGUAACUGGGUUAAUCCACGCAGUGUCUGCACCCUCACUCAGAUGGGAUUUGAGAGCGGACUGGCUACUAUCGCGUUGCAAAGGUCCAAUAAUGAUAUACCCAAAGCGGUGGAACUGCUUGAAAAUGAAAUGGACACGCUCUGUGCUGCUUUGCCCGGUAUUCGUAUCUCCGCCGAUGAGGACAAGCUGGCCCAGCUUCUCCAGCUGGGAUUCAACAAGGAAGACUCGCUUGUGGCCCUCGAGAACGCGUCGAAUAACAUAGAGCAGGCCAUUGAAUCCCUAGUGCGCUCCUUCACUAGCGAGGAGGAGCUGAAGGAGGCUUUUCAGCGCCUUGGCCUUAUGGGCACAGCUGGACGACCGACUUCAGAUGGACCAUCCACUUCGAACGCCCAGACUGCUCCGCCAUCGCCCAUCAUCGAGACGGCUUUAAAAUAUGCACGCUCCGAGCUGGAUACCUACAAGGCCUAUGAGCGCUUCAACUCCGACAUCAGCCAGACUGAUAUGGACUACCUUGACUUGCCCCUGAUCCAAGAGGAGAAGAUCCUGCAUGAGUAUCUCAACCUACUGCAGCAGUAAUGUGCAUUUGGCUUACCUUUGAAUAUAGAGAAUCGAAAACCGGUUGUGGGGUAACCGUAAUCAUGACUUGUCUAUAUUGCAAAUCGUAGUCUUAUAAUGGCACUUAAGUGGCAUUCAGCCCCCCCUCCUUGUUGCUGUUUGUCCAACUUGGCAAAUAGUAACAUAUAAAGAUUUAUAAGUACAUGCCUGCCCCUUCUAUUGACAACUGCGAAAUGUGAUUACGCCGACAGGCAGCGGCUGUCCACCUUUUCGAGCCACCUGAAACUUGUUAGCGCCUCUGGCAAUUACCUAUUUAUAUUUUUUUUUGUCGCUUGACUCUCGACCCCGGCUCAAACGACAACGCUUGAUUGACUUUAGUCGUGACCUUGCCAGGGCCAAAGGGCGCGGCCCACUAAGCUCAUCCCUGUGACGUAUUGAACGGAAUUUACACGGUCACAAAUUACAAAAAUUAUUUUUCUAACGAUUUCAGAAGCCAUAUGAACCAUCAUGGUUUAAGAACCUUCCUUAAGGAUGUGGCUCACGGAAAUUACGUACAACUUUUUAAAAUACUAAAAGAAAGCCGUAAAACAUCGCACACCUUAACUAGGGUUUAAAAUGCCUCUUUUUAAAAAUGAUUUAGUUAGCAUUAAGAAAACCCCCACUGGAAUAAAAUGUUGUUUUAAUUUUAAUUAUUUUUUGCUUAUAUUUUAUUAUGUUUUGUUAUGUGAAAAUCUUUUUAUUUUGAAUACACAUUUUCCUUGAUACCUUGUAUAGUUUUUUUUGUUAAAGUUAAUCAACCUACAAAUUAAAACAAAGGAAAACUAAAAAGACUGAAGUGUAAAACAAAGAUUUUUAUUUCCUUUGUAGUUUGUUUUAGUUGUGGCUAACAUUUUGUUUUUAUAAGAAACCAGAAAUUGUAAAUAAUCAAGCUCAAAAAUGAUAAAUUUAUCGUUUCUAAGCAUAAAGUAAAGAUACGUGAUAGAUAUAUAUAUAUAUUUGUAUAUAGAAACAUAUAUACCUGUUAAAGGGGGAACAGCAUCCUUAAAAGAAAUGUCUUCGAAUUUGUGAAGUUUUAAUAAACAUCAGAAAAUGUA